AUGCUAAGAGAGCGCCGCAUACCCAGAUGGAGAAGAGCAGGCGCCAUCGAUGUCCUCCGUGCUUCAUGGAUAAUCAUCAUCCUAUGGGGCGAGCUUGGAAAGUUCUACGCGAGCGUGUCGUGGUGCAGCUGGCCGGACAGGGCUUUCCGAUAUGUCGACGCGCAUAAUCGACCGACACGCAUUCUCAUCGUUUCCGACCCACAGAUCCUCGAUCGACGGUCCUACCCUGGCCGCCCUUGGGUCCUUACCCGCCUCACGCAGUUCAUCGUCGAUCUGAAUCUGCGGAAGAACUGGCGUGCAACCCUUCGUAUGCGACCACAGAUUGUCGUCUUUCUGGGGGAUAUGAUGGACGGUGGGCGGUACGCAAAAGAUCCGGACGAAUAUGCGCGGUAUUUCGCCCGGUUUCAGUCCAUAUUCUCAAUGCCAUCUUCGAUUUUAUCAUACUAUAUCCCGGGGAAUCAUGAUGUGGGGCUUGGCUACAACCAAGCCUUCUCUUCACGUGCUCGGGAAAGGUACCAGAAGCACUUCGGCGCGUUGAAUCAGGUGCUUGAGGUGUCGAACCAUUCGCUCGUGCUGAUCGAUGCGCCCGGCCUGGUGGAAGAAGAUUACCGACGGUACUCUGCCCAGACGGACUUCGCCUCGUGGCUCCCCACCGCCGGCGGGUCCAUCGAGUUCGUGCAAUCCAUCAAACAAAGUAUGUCAAAGCAACCCUUUGAAAGAACAACGAAGCUUACUACUGCCUCAGAUCCCAUAUUAGAACCUACCAUACUAUUCAGUCAUAUCCCCCUCUCUCGGCCGGAGGGCGCUAAUUGCGGGCCGAGACGUGAAAAGGGCACCAUUCACCGAGGGGCGGGUAUAGGCUACCAGAACUUGCUCGGUCGCGAGACCACCCAAUUCCUAUUAGAGAGUAUAAAACCGGAUCUCAUCUUCAGCGGUGACGAUCACGAUGCUUGCGAGUACUUGCACACACUCCCCGCCUCCACAGGGAAGACGGCUGUCCGCGAGGUGACUGUCAAGUCUUUCUCAAUGGCAAUGGGCGUGAAGCGCCCUGGCUUCCAGCUUCUCUCCAUCGCCCCUCCUCCAGCCGCGCCGCGACAUGGAGAAUCCCAGUGUCUCCUGCCUGAUCAGAUAGGAAUCUACACUCGUACCUACCUCCCGCUCUUCAUCAUCUCUCUCCUCAUUCUUGCAUAUAUGCACAUCUUCAAUGGACGGAAGGGCGCAACAGUCCUUGACGAAGAGGAGCAACAUUUCCUCCGCCCAGCUCAUCAACACCGCUCUAGACACCAUGACCUCACAUCGAUAUUACCCGGUUAUGCACCACAAUCAUUCGGGAAGCUAACUGCAAAGCUUUCCAGCCGCACUGUGUCUCCCGUUUCAACGCCGUUACCAGACACAGAAGAAUUCGCUUUGGCACCGCUGAACGGUCACAAUACCCGUUCCUCCAUCGACCUGGAACUCGCCGAUUAUGGUGAUGGCCUGUCGACGCCUGGCACAGCAUCCAAACCGACCUCACUGCGACGAGGAAGCGGUUACACCCGUUGGGUUGGAAAGGAAAAAGACGAGCUUAGUCUGUCCGACCCCCACUCAUGGCCCACUCUGCUCUCCUCGCUUCUCGCCGCCUAUGCACCCAGGAUCUUUCCCCGAAAUCGCCGGAAAGCAUCGCCGGAAAGCAUGUCCCGUUUGGAAAGGUUCCUGCGUGAUUUAUGGCGAGCCGCCUGGCCACCUCUCCUAUUCACGAUCUUGCUAUGGACUUACUUGUUCUGGACCUAAUGACAUUGUAAUAUAGUACAUAAGCU